AUGGGCGAUCGGCUCACCACAGAAGUCGCAGACGUCCUCGCUCAGGUUCUAGAGGAAGGAAAUGUUCCACGGUUCACUUUGAAGGAAGGAAAUGAGCCAAAGCUGAACCCAGCGGCAGAAAGGUGUUACAAGCACGGAUGGUUACAUCGAAUGCAGAUACUCAGACAGCCUGGUUACGAGAAGGACGUCUAUUUUUCAAGCUCGAAUCUGAGGUACUCAUCCGAAGGCAAGAUAUUGUCAACAGGUGCACAGCCAAAGCCAAUUGAGGCGCAGUAUCAAGACGAGUUCUACCGGUGUUUUAAUAAGAUAGCCGGUAGAGGUGUGACAAUCUGUAGCGAAUGGUCUAGGACCACGAACGGUCGAGUCAAUUUUUACAUUCCUGACAAAGGAUGGGCAGUGGAGAUAGUCCGGGAGCAAGACCGAAUCAACGAACACAUUAUGCGUUUUCGCAAGAAUGGCAAGUAUUACCCUUGGGUAGAGUCUGGUUUGAUCGACGAUUGGAUCAUCGUCAAUUGUACCACUUCUAUGCCAACAUAUGGUUAG